AUGGCUCCAAUUGCUCUCACUCCUCCCCCAGUCGAGGCCAAGCAGGCUAGGCCUAGCAUUCACCGCACCAAUACCGCGAACAUGGGCACGAAAAGAAAGAUUAUAUGCUUUUCAGAUUUCGAUGGUACAAUUUUCAUGCAAGACACCGGCCAUACACUGUUCGAUAACUUCGGUUGCGGCCCCGAGCGGAGAGCCAUCCUAGCUCAUCAAAUGGAAAGUGGCGAACGCACUUUCCGCGAAGUUUCCGAUGAACUGUAUGCCUCAUUAGACGUGCCCUUCGACGAUGGUUUCGAGGUGAUGAAGACCGCACUGGAGAUCGACCCAGAUUUCCAACAAUUCCACGAAUUCUGUGUCAACAACAGCAUUCCUUUCAAUGUCAUAUCUGCUGGCUUGAAGCCCGUCCUCCGGAAAGUACUCGAUCACUUUAUCGGUGAGAACAUGAGCAAGCACAUUGAAAUCGUUGCCAAUGAUGCCAAAAUCGCCGAGGACGGUAGCAAAUGGGAAGCUGUUUGGCGGCACGACACAGACCUAGGCCAUGACAAGGCCCAGUCCAUCAACGAGUAUCGAGAAAUGGCAGCUCUCCAAUCCGACAACGGCACCAUCCCUCUGAUUGUGUUUAUUGGUGAUGGUGUUUCCGACCUUCCUGCCGCAAGGGAGGCAGAUGUCCUCUUCGCACGCCGCGGACUGCGAUUAGAGGAAUACUGCAUCGAGCACAAACUCCCUUUCAUCGCUUUUGACACAUUCGCCGAUAUCCAGCGUGAGGUUAUCAAGAUUGCCAAGGUCGAUGAUGAGAAAACUCAUGGCAAAGGCUUACCCACGACAUUCAACCCCAGAGCCAAUAUGUGGCGCCGUGUUAGCAGCAAAGCUGCCGUACCGGUUUUCGCCGCCCUCAGCCCAACCAAGGAAGAGAGGGUUUUCGUCUGGCCUGAAACUUUUACUCAACCUGCAGUUGUGGGGAAUGCGGAAAAUGUCAAGGCUGCUGUUGCUGCACCCGUGGCAUAG